AUGUCACAGGCCAAGUCAAAAUUAGUCUGUGGUAUUGACUACGGCACGACGGGUACCGCCGCUGCUUGGGGCUAUGAUACUGACGAGCAAAGCAUAGGUUCACCCAUCUAUCAAGUGGAUGAAUGGCCAGUUCAAUCCCGGGCCAAACUGCCAUCGACAAUGCAGUACCCAAGUGGCAUGCAACCUCGAUGGGGAGUAGAGGCUACACCUGAGCUCGAAACUUUCAGGUGGACCAAACUCCUGUUAGACCCAGACUUGGAGUCAACAGAUUUCCGGGACGAGGAAUUGGAGAGGGUUUCGGGACAACGAAUCAUGCGGCUGCCAGCCGGAAAGUCGGCCGUGCGUGUCGUUGCCGACUACCUCAGCGGGACCCGUAACCACCUGGAGCAGUCGUACAUUUUUAGUCAACCAAACAUCAAAAAGGAGUACUGGUUUUCCAUUCCGGCGGGCUGGUCCAACGAUGCACAAGUGCGGAUGAGUGAGGCUAUCCACUUGGCCGGGUUUGGUCAAAAACCGAACGAGGAAGUUUGCCUUGUUACUGAAAGCGAGGCGUCCGCGAUAUCCAUCCUAGGGGCAUCUGGGGAACGAAGAAAGUCCGGAAGCACAUUUUGCGUGUGCGAUGUGGGCGGGGGCACGGUUGAAAUCGCCUGCUAUAUGAUCACGGAUGUAACUGCAACAUCGUAUUCACUCACGGAACUGAGCAGUGCCAUAGGCCCCAAGUCUGGGAGUACCAUCAUUGACAGAGAGUUCUUGAAGCUCAUGAGGCAUCGCUUCAACGCCUCCUUCAUAAAUCCGUUCAACGACGACAAUUCUGAUCGCAGAGAAAGACUCAUGAACGAAUUCAAAAAAAGAAAGGAAGAGUUCACUGGAGAUGGAAGUAACCAUCGUCUUAAAUUCCGGAUGGAAUGCUUUACGUCGCAAUGGUAUGACUCAACGGCAGGUCAUAUAAUAUUGUCCGACAGCGAUAUGCGGGCAUUUUUUGACACCGUUGUCGGCCAAGUCUUCCAUCAUGUGAACGAACAGGUGGACAAAGCCACUCGUGGCCACUUCAAGAUCGACGAAUUGUUGAUGACUGGGGGGCUGAUGCGCUCUAAAUUUGCGCGGGAGGCAUUUUCGGAGGGGUUCAAAGAUGCAGGAUUUUUCAGGAUCUUGUGUUCCGAAGCACCUGAACUAUCUGCAUCUCUCGGUGCUGCGCGAAACGGCCUGAGCGGCAUCGUCACGAAGAACCAGACAUGUAACAAGAGUUACUUCAUCGAAUGCUCAGGAUUACGGGAGGAACCCGGAAUAUGUCUGCAAGCUUCUUCUCAUUUGCCUUCUCGUCGCCCGGGGGAGCCCCCUGUCAAAACGUUCUUUCUGAAGAUGAGCGAUGGCCAAAAUUCGCGCGUACUGGCCCGGUUGACCUGCAAUUUGUCUGACAUACCCGCCGACGAACGCGCCCUACAACCUGCUGCUGCAGGCGGUGUAUACUCGCAUCAAUGCAUCUCUGUGACUGCGACAUUUCGUGUGAAGGGGUACCUGGAAAUCAUAGUGCAUACUAAAUGUAAGGUGUUGGCCCAAAAAAUGGUUCCUAGAAUAUGGAGUGAGCGUGCGGGUAAUUGA